AGAAAAUAUAAUAUAACACCGGAAUUUAAUAAUUUUGGUGAGGAAAUAAUUAAAGUAAAGCUUACUCGAUCGAUGGGUUUCAUUGUUUGUGUGUCCAUGGGAGCUGCACUGGGCAUUGGAUUGGUAGCUUUCUUUGCGAGAUUUCAGAAAACGAGGUCUAAGAAACGCACUGAGUUGGCAAAUCUAGUUGCAGCAUUUGCAAGAAUGACAAUUGAAGAUUCAAGAAAAGUUCCUCCUAAGCUUUAAAAAUUACAUCGAUUGAUUCUUGGAAAUCUUGAAUCAAUGGUCAUUCUGUACUAUGUCUCACAUUGCAUUAAUCACACGUUUAUCGAUCAUUAUACAUGUUGAAACUUGAUGAAGAGGUUGCUCGAUUGACAAAAAACUAAUGCUCAAGCUUUGAGUCCAGUUACCGACAACUAAAGUUAGAUUGGCUUAAUCAUCAUCUUGACAAAUUAUGGCCGUAUAUUGACAAGUGAAGGCGGGAUCAGAAUUAAUUAGAGCAAACGUGGAGCCAACCCUUGAAGAGCACAGGUCCCGCCUAAUACAAGAUUUGAAGUUUUCAAAGCUCACAUUGGGUAUCGUCCCUCCACAAUUCACUGGGGUUUCAAUUAUUGAAGGUGAUCCUCAAGAAAUUACAAUGGAGCUGGAGGUUCAGUGGGAUGGAAACCCGUGCAUCGUCCUUGAUAUUACUACUACACUUGGUGUAUCAAUACCCAUUGAAGUUAAAGACAUUGCAUUUACGGGUUUAUUCAGGAUAAUAUUCAAACCGCUAGUUGACGAGUUUCCAUGUUUUGGAGCUAUUAGUUACUCCUUACGUAAAAAAGAAAAGCUUAAUUUUCGACUCAAAGUUUGUGGCAAUAUCUCAACUGUUCCUGGGGUGCUCGACGGUCUUAAGAGUACCAUACUGAAUUCAAUUGAAGAUUCCAUCACAUGGCCAGUGCGAGAAAUCAUUUCCAUAUUACCAGGAGAUUAUAGUGAUUUGGAGUUAAAGCCAGUUGGGAUGUUAGAAGUGAAGCUCAUACAAGGUAAAGAACUCACAAAUAAGGACUUGAUUGGAAAAUCUGACCCGUUUGCUGAAGUAUUCAUUCGACCACGACGAGAGAGAAUCAAGACUAGCAAAGUUAUAAACAACUCCCUAAACCCGGUUUGGAAUGAGAGCUUUGAGUUUGAAGUUGAAGAUGCAUCCACUCAACACUUGACUGUAAUGGUUUAUGAUGAUGAGGGUAUUCAAGCUUCUGAAUUCAUAGGAUGUGCUCAAGUACAUUUGAAAGACCUCCAGCCUGGAAAAGUGAAGAGUUUGUGGUUGAAACUUGUGAAAGAUUUACAACUUCAAAGGGACAACAAAAAUAGAGGCCAGAUUCACUUGGAGCUGUUAUACUGUCCCUAUGGAACACAAAGCAUCUUUAUGGAAUGUUUCAACCCCGAUGACUUUUCGCUGACGGACUUGGAAAAGGCCAUUAAGCCAGAAACAACCAUACAAAACACAAUUGGUGGUAGUCUCCUCUUCAGAGGAGUUCUCUUUGUGACUGUAAUAUGCGCCAAGGACUUACCAGCAACGGGCUUAUUCCGAAGCUGUGACCCGUACGUACUAAUAAUAUUGAAAAAAUCUGAACUCAAGGAGAAAACUAGAGUUGCUGCCAAGACACUAAAUCCAGUAUGGGACCAAACAUUUGAGUUUGUCAUUGAGGAUGGAUUGCAUGAUCUGUUAAUAUUUGAAGUUUGGGAGCACCAUGUAUGCCGAAAUGAUAGAAUUGGGCGAUGCAUAAUGACACUCACCAGAGUUAUACUUGAGGGCGAAAUCAGAGAUUGGUUUGAGAUAGAUGGAGCAACGACUGGGACGCUACACUUGAACAUCAAAUGGACACCUCAACCAAUAAUCCCAUGACUGCUUCAUUAUCUAUGGAUUUAAAUACUUACUAUUUUGUGUUAAAUAUGUUAGACUUUAUCCUCUGGCGAGCAUAUAAAUAGAGUGAAGUUUAUUGAACAUGUGGGUGGAUAAUUCAGAGAGAGGUAAGUGGUGUCGUGCGCUACAUUAUUGG